AUGACGUCCAUGGACAAUGGAUCGUACCCACAUCGUUAUUUCUAUGUAAUAUUUGCCAUCUUUCAGUGUUUUUUGGGUGCAGGGGUUAUCUUUGGCUGGACGUCACUAGUGCCAAUGAUGGAAAAAGAACGGAUCUAUCACGAAGUGUGUGAGACAGACGAAAUAAUUUGCAAGAAACAGAGCGAUCGACUGCAGUAUGCAUUUACUAUGGCGGUUUCCAGCAGCAUGUGGUCAAAUCUUUUGCUUGGUCUUGUGUUUGACAAGUUUGGACCCCGUGUAACAAAGUCGAUUUCCUUGGUGUUGCUGAUUACUGGGGCUUUGCUAAUGGGAAAUGCACACUGCAGAAUCAAUGAUGAGGAACACGAUCUGGUGCUGUACGGAAUGGUGCUAGUAGGAUUUUCAGGCCCCGGUAUCCAGCUCUCUGGCAUUCAUGUAUCGAAUUUAUUCCCUGAAGCGACGGCAUUGGUUGCGUGUUUUAUUGUUGGAGGUCUUCAGUUAAGCUUCUUGAUAUUCACGCUAUUCGAUCUUGCUUACAUGAACCUCGGAAUGUCAAUGGCCACGAUUUUCAAGGUAUACGCUAGUGCGUUGUUUCUCUCACUCACUGGCACAUUACUUACGGAACCAGACAUUCCAUUUGAGGCGGUACCCAGUGAUGAGCAUGAAUUGCUCUCCCCCAUGCGUCUACCUUCCGUGUUUAAGGAGGAGGAGGUGUCGCUACUGUUGUCUACACCAGCACUUGACAAGUAUCGUAGACGCCAUUUUUUGCCAACUGACGAAGUUUUUUCCGACGGAGACCUGCGCAACCGUUCGUUCAGAACACAGGUGCUGUCAAAGCCAUUCUUGCUCAUUGUGUUUUACUUUUCGAUUUUGUUGCUCUGGUGCAACUUUUUUCUGGGCAGCAUCACCGGGUUGUUACGAUGGAAGGGCCUUUCAGAGACCGAGGUGGAAAAGCUGCUAGCAAAGCUGGCCUUUGUGUUGCCCGGAAGUGUAUUUUUCAUCCCGUUUGUCGGAUACCUGCUCAAGAAAUGCGGAUACACGUACUCAUCGCUAUUGUGUACGAUAGCAGCACUGUGUUUCACCGUGAUGCUGAGCAGUAUGUCAACCGUAUGGAUUGUGACUGGUUUCGUGACGUACGCGUUCUUUCGAACCAUCAUGUUUCCACUGUUGUUUGCAUAUUUGGGACAUCGAUUCGGUUUCCAGCAUUAUGGAGCACUGUCGGGCAUUGCCUUCUGUAUUGGUGGUAUCAUGGGACUCUUGCAGACGCCAAUUGCAGCUAUCGGUGAUUUUCAAACGAUUGGUUAUAUCCAGUUUGGAUCAAUUGUGUUAACCCUUGUGGUUCCCUAUUUCGAGCGACACUUUGAGGAUAAAUCGUACUAG